GCCAUGCUCUGUGAUGCAGGCCUGGGUCUGCAGUGGAGCUGUGCGCCCUCAGAACUCAGUUGCCUCAGGCAGCCAUGUGAUUCUGACCAUGGACGAUGUUCUCUCACUUCUGAAGAGCUGCACUGAGCCCUGGCUGAGCUUUGGCUCAGAGUACUUAGGUGCUGUCCCCAGCUUCAUCCUGCUCAAUGUGGUGGGGCUGUUGCUGCUUUACCUUUGUUACCUGCUGUUACCAACCAAGCAUCUGGACAAAGCCAAGAGGAGGAAGAAAGGUGCAACAUUUGGAAGUUGGAGAUCUCACAGGAGAGAAGCAGAGGAGAAAAGGAAGCUGUUUUCUGUUCUGAAAAGAUCCCUGGGCCACCACCAUGACAGCACACACUUUCGUCACAUGUUGUGUCCAGACCCCUCCUGUGAGGUGUGUAAUAGAACAACAGCAGAGAUCCAGCAGCUGCUGUCCCAGGAAUCCCUGCAAGAUGCUGCUCUCUCUGAGUGUUUUUCAACCUCUGCUGAUUCUAUAAUUGAGACCUCAGUAUGUCUCUCCUCUGACCUCUCCACAAUUCCUCCAGGAGAUGCAACAGCAUUCCCUCUGGCUGAGCCCUCUCCACCACCCUGCUCAACUGUCUCAACUAACCUGGAUACCUCCUGUGAGGACUUCAUCUCCCCCUCCAAUCUGGGUGAUUCUCUGCCCCCAGAGCUUCCUCCUUGCCCGGAUUUCUCAUUCCCAGGGGACCAUUUCUCAUCACAACCACUGGCCCUCCCCCCUCCUCCACCUCCUUUCAGCCAGGAGACAGAUUCUGUGUUCCAAGCAGACAUCACUGUGACUCUGGGAGACAGCCUUGGUUUAGUGUCCACUCAUAGGACAAAAACCAAAAGCAUUCACUCUCCUAACACAACAACAUCAGAAGUUUGGCAUCAGGCUCAUACUAAGGACUUGUCCACCUCCAACUUGGCACAAGGGGAUGCCAAGCAAGAUGUUUCUUCUCUUCCUUCAUCAAAGGCAUCUACUGUGGAUUAUCCUGAAGUCAACCUCCUAAGUAGCCUAUUAUUUCUCAGUCCAGAUGCCCUGGCACUCCUAGAAAGACAAGUGAAAAAGAGGAGUGAGCUCCUGAUACACAGGGAAAAAGAAACAAAAACAGAAUCUUUUCCAAAACAAUGUAGGCCAGACAAGCCACCUCAUUCUUCUGGGAAAUUGCUAAAGUACAUUCCUGGUAAGCAUGACUUAGUAGUCUCCCUUCCUUUCUGGAGUAGCAAAGACAAAUCACAUGAUCUAAUCAUGAUUCAGCAGCCCUUACCUCCUAAGCCAUUUGAGGUCUGUCUUCAGAAAAAAUGUAUCCAGCUCACCUGGGGUCACUCAGCUUUGCACCAUGACUUGCUAUAUCCUUCUGGCCUUGUCUCAAGUAAUUGUUCAUCAUCAAACUUUGUUGUCUUCAGUAGCAUACACAGCACCUGCACAGCACAGGAAGUACCAAUACUUGCUGAUUCUCCAUCUCUGUCUGAAACUCAGAUCCAAAUUCAAUCCUUACCUCAAAACAUGCCCCAACCUCAGCCCCAAAUUCCUUUAGAUGACCAGUCUCAAUCCUCUCUCCCAAACCUGCAACCUUCUCCUCUACCUCAGGAUAACACCUGUGGAGUGCAUUUCCUUGGAUUCCCAAAUGAGGAAGAGUCUCUAAGGCCAUCUGAAAUUCAAGGUCUGGAACACCACUUGUUGAGGAAAAAGCAGAAAAGUUUUUGGGAUAUACCCUCAGUGGUCCUUAUGUCUCAGAAAGACUUCUGUCCUCCAGCUCCAAAAAUUUCCUUAGGCAGCCAGUUCCCCAAAGCCCACAUGCCAAUCUCCAUCCUUCCUGGAGAUUUUGCCCUUCACAGUGAAAUCCGGCAGAAACUAGAGCACCACCUUCGAAAGAGGCUCAUCCAAUAUCGAUGGGGCCUGCCCCGCAGGGUCCAUGAAUCUCUGUCAUUGCUUAACCCUCAGACAGAUGCCACUGAGUUGUGUGAGUCAGAAGGAAACCAGAGGCACUCAGGGUUUUGUUUAUUUAAACAUCAGAGCAGCAAAAGAGUACUGGAUGUUGGACUGGGUGACCCUGGAGACUUCUGUGAGACAGCCUCAAAAGUGCUUCCUCUCGAAAAGGAUGAGGAGACUGGUUCACGUGACCAUCUAGCGUGUGGUUCAGAGAGGAUCUCAGAUAUGGGCGGAUGGUCUGACUCUGAGGAACACCCAGAAUUUCACAUGGUGAGUCUGUCGGAGAACCAUUUUGGGACCUCAGGGAUAAGUGUAAAUCAGAAACAACUUGAAAAUGCCUUGAAAGCCCAUCUGAACAGGAAAGUUAUGCAGAUAAAUGACAGCCAGAUCCCUGUAAGGGUAUGCAAUUCAUGGUGUUCUAUGAAGCAACCAUUGCCUCUUCCUGAGAAAUUGUAUGGCAAAGGGGAACACAGUGAUUUGACUCCACUGGUGAGAAUAGAUGGUGGCAUCAAUACCACCUGUGAGAUUUCCUUCCUUUGUUCUAGCAAGAAGAAGGCAUUGGAAGACCACAUCAAAAGCUUUCACAAGAGGAUUAUGUGGGGCCUACCCAAAAAGAUUCUUGAAUCUAUAGAAAUCUUCAACUCAAAAGAAAACCCCUUCGAGUGCAGUUGCCAUUCCAGCUUUCUGUCCUCAAUCAACUUUGCCUCUAAGGUGGAUUCCCAAGGCAGUGUUUCCAAGCCCUUUAGAGGAAGCUCCACUACUUUGCAGCAAGACAACUUGGGAAAAAUAAUCUCUGGCCCCAGUCUUGAUUGCAGUGUUCCUGUUGUGUCACUUGUGUGCAAGGAAAGGUUGGAGACACAGAUGCAAACCCCUUGUGAGAUCAGCCAGGAAAGAGUAGGUAACAUUCAGGAAUUUAAUAGCAGCAGACAACAUUUUCUGCCUUGCACAGGGGACACCAUAGACAAAGCAAAGCAGAAACAGCCCAAAUCAACACACAAAAGUGGACAAACAUUGCCCCCAAGGCAAAAUGGGGCUAGACCUGAAACACAAGAUAAAACAAGAAGCUCAAUGAACAGAACUGAAAGGCUUCAGGGCACAAAAAGGCAGAGUUCAGAACAUGUUCCCACAUAUAUCACAUACAGGGAAAUCUUCAAGGCAAAGGAACUCUGCACUCCUCAGUCCCCAUGUUGUCCUGCCUUGACAGUCAAUGAACCAGAAAGCUCUCCAGUGAGAGGUGUUAUUUCCGGUAAAAAAAGAACUACCCUGACCCCUAUACGUCCAUUGCCAAAAAUACCUGAAACCAUGGAUCCUAAACUCUUAGACCUUAAAAAUCUUCUUCUCUGUGAGUUGAAGUUGAAGUUGGCUGGCAGGGAGUGUGUUCAAGCUUAUAGCCAAUCCUAUGACUUGGCCCUUGCCAUAGAAAACCUGAAAGACAAGCAUGUCUUGACAAGCCCUGAAGGCAUCUGCCCUGGGCACACAACACCAUCCCAAGUGCUGUGUGUCCAUACCGACAACACAGGGAUCAGUAGGCAGCAGAUGCCUUGUGCCCCUAUGUGUGGCUUAUGGAAAGACCAGGAUGAAAGAUUCCUCCCAGCUGCGAAGAGAACGAACCCUCCAGAACACAAAGCAGAAGAGCUUGGUGGAGGAGAUGCAGGACUAGAUCCCUCCCUGCCCAGAAGGAGGAGCCAUGCUGCUCGAGACGAGAUGUCAAAGGACACGUGUGGGAAAAAAUCUUCCCCAGUGCAGUCACAGAGGGAGCAGGUUCCUGCUGAAAGCCAUUUCAGAAAGAGGGUAAAGCACUUUUUGCAGUGGAUUUGGCCCAGCAGAAAAUGUGAUGGGAAAAAUAGUUUCCUGGAACAAGCAAGUUCCUCACCAUCUAUACAGAACAUGGGCCUCAGUAGCAACCAGGUUGCCUUCACUGGGAAUGCUGAGGACCAAGUCAAGACACCUGGUGGGAAGAUCCCAGGACAUAAACUGGGACAUGAUCAUGAAAUAGAUGAGACCUGCCAUCAAGAGCUCCUUUCCACCCAUGCAAACUUUAGCAAAACUCAGCACAAUGCAGAAUUACAGAUUGGGGCAGUGCCUGUCCAGGGUUGUCCAUUCAACCACAGGGCAAUAUCCUGUAAGGCAACAAGUACCACAUUCUGCCGCCAAUGAGUGGCCUUUGUGGGCCAGAAUUACCUCGCUAGGAAUGCACACAUGAGAGCCAGAGGCAGAGGGUUGCAGAAAACCAUACUAUUUAAGGACCAGCUGUGCUAUCAGAGGUAUCCCUUGGUUGUGUCCCACAGAAAGAAACAUUGCUUAGCUGUUUCCCUCAGACAGCCAGUGUCACAUCCAAGCCCUACCCGCAGGUGUCUGAUUGGCCAUGUGCUUUAAGUUGCCCUUGCCACUGUUGCAGCCUCUUGUAAACAGAAUUUCCAAGGAGGAAGUUUGUCCUAAUAAACUCAUUAAUAACUUAUUGCAAAUAUUGAUUCUUCCCAAUAAAUACUCUCAAAUUAGA